AUGGGAGUUUCCGGUUCUACUCUGUCGGGUAGACCACUCCGGAUGCAAGCUCAACGUGUCGAUCCCUCUGAUACUCCAACGACCCAGGGCCCCCUGAAGGAUGUCUUCGGCGAGUAUACAAUUGUUACCGAAAAGCUCAACGGAAGGUCUGGCACAAAGAGAGAUUGGUACUGCAAACACCAGUAUGCCCGCGAGGGCUGCACUGAUGGCUACCAUUAUGUCCAUUUGGAUGGCUGGUACUACUCCAAAAACCCGGAUGGAAGUAGAGAGAGGAUAAAUCCCAUAUUAAAGCAAGCCUUCUACACUCCACCAAGCAAUCGCCGGAUAGACUGCUCGGAUGAAGUCGAUUGGGAGGGGCUAAAUGAAAUACCCGACCUUUGCAUCGCAAGGGCCUCCGUAAACCACGAGCUUGUGGGAAAAUUCAUGGAGAAAAUGAAGAGCCAAGAAAAGAGCACUGUCGACAACGAUCGCGCUCAAAAAAGGAGGAUCUGUGCCAGAAUGCUGAAAGGAAAGGAAACUGCAGAUCUGAGCACCGAGGACGAGGCUGAAGAGACCGAUUGUGAGACCGAGUGUGAGACCGAGUGUGAGACCGAGUGUGAGACCGAGUGUGAGACCGAGUGUGAGACCGAGUGUGAGACCGAGUGUCAGACCGAGUGUGAGACCGAGGAAGUAUCAGAUGAAGAGGGGGCAGCCCAGCAGAAGAAUGAGAGAAAGAAAGAGGGGAAGAAGGAGGACAAGGAGAGAAAGAAGAGCCAGCAAAGGGAGGACGAUGAGGAAGAAUACACGCUGCAGGAGAUAGCGGCGCAGAGAAAGACACCCAUUCCAGAGGAGCAGACGGCAAGGGCUCUGACGCCAAUAUCCAAUUUGACGUCGGAAAAUGAGUCAAUCGACGAGCCUAUGGAGCUAGGAAAGACCGAGGACGAGACGACCAGGACUCCAGCCGCGAAGAGGGGGAACAUGAAAAGGAGAGGCGAACCUGAGCUCACUGUUGCCCAAAGGCAGGAGCAGAAGCGAAUCGCCAAUAGGAGGAAGCGAGAGCGUACAAGGGCAAAAAAAAGCAUGGAUGAGACAUGA